UUACUCAGCUGGCCGCGGUGAGUUGCCGAUUAUUUCUCCGCUUCUUUGUUGCGAUUCCAUGCACUAUUGCUAGUCAGAGCACCACCUCCAGCAAUCUCAGUCCUGGUCUGCCGUUUCAUCACCGUUCUACACCUAAGGGGAAGUAGUGCCGUGCUGGCUAUCUAUGAACUGUGUCCAGAUAAAAAGAGCAAUGUCAGUUUUAUUUGAGAAUAUGACCUCCUGCUGUCCCAGAGAAUUUGACAUGCCAUGUAUGGUGUGUGACUACAAAUAUGAGGUAGCCACUUGAGACUUACAAAAGAUUUUACAACGUGUAUAUUGGGUACAAUUGCUGGUCAGUGCUGUUUGUUAAGACACAUUACAUGCUAGCUCAAAAUAGCUGACCUUAGCAGUUUAUGGGAAGGAAUAAAAAAAUAAUAACAUUGGGGAUAGGAGAACAAGAAGAAUAAUAUUCCAUAUAUCCAUUACAUACAGAAAAAUGUUACUUCUACUUUAUGCAACUAAUUGGCCCAGUCAGUCAGCCCAGUGAUAUGACCAUGGAUAGUAAUAUAUACAUGGAAUAAUCUAGCCCGGGUUAAUGGUUAGGUGGUGUAGAAGGAAUAUAAAGAUCCAUUUAGUGUUAAGCUAUACGAAUCCUUCCAUUGCCUAUCCAUAGUUUUCAGCUACCCUUCAUUCACCACCGUCUUGACACUGCCCCCAUCAUAUGCAACUAUGUUCUUUGUAAUGUAAUCUCAUGAAUGGACAGAUCACUGCUCCCCACAAGGUUAACACAUUUCUUUCUGCUGCUCUCAUUUAUUCACGUGAGCCAAGUGGCUUUGGAGUGCUUUGACCCUGCCAACCUUAGAAAUCACUUCCAACUAUUAUAUGCAUGGCCUGAAUGUCUGUAGGGUGUCUUAUCACCCUCACACUCCAAGGGAUGGGUGCCUAAAGACAGAGAAGUAAUAAAAGGUCUUAGACUAUAAUAGAGGCUUGUGCUGUGCAGUUUCAGCAGAAGAGUGUCAUUCAACUCACGUUACAAGAUAAGACCUUCAUAUCCGUACACUGGAAAGGCCAAUUCACAAUCGCAUCUUGAUGCAACCCUACAAAGUCAUGGAUGCAUUGAGCUGUAUCCAUUCUCUGAUUCCCAUUCCUAUGGCAACAUUGUGUGCUGUAUCCUAGUAAGGAAACAAAGCUGUCAAGCCCUAGUCUUGAUUGUUUCCUGACCCAAUAGUAUCACAGAAGAGCCAUUUUUACUGAUCUACCCAUCAUACAGUGUCAUGAAGCUCACCAAACAUCUAUUGUGACCAUUGUUCUCUAACUAAAGCAUGCAACAUCCUGAUGUUUUGUAAUGUUACUAGUUAAAGUAAUUUAGUCUUAGGGCUAACAUCAGAUGGGGCUGUAGAUGACAAAAUGUGUUGUAGGGGAUAGGAUCAUCAUCAGUGACACCCUCUGCCUUGUAAUGUCCUAGUUCUAACAUCCUAUAAUAUUACUGGGCUCUGUUCAUACUACCAUCAUGGCUUCAGUUCUUAAGAGUCAUGACUACUAUGAGGUUUUUUUUUUUUAAGCAUCCCAAUGAAUCCUAAUGGAUUCCAUUGACAUAUAAUGGGGUCCACCAUGUUUCUCUCAGGGUUCUCGUAUUGUUGAUGGCAGUAGCCGAAAGACUUAAAAAUACCAAAAUCCUGAAGGAAAAUGAAAAUUGGGAAUGCGAACCAAAGUCAAUAGUUUGGUUGGUUCCAUAUCCUGUUAGGGGAAAAAGGAGAAGCCCGAAAAGAGGACCAAAUUACUAGAACUGAUUAAAUGUAUAUAGAAGGGAACAAAGCACACCAGGCAUCAGGCCAUUUAAUUUAUCACUAAAAGACAGUGAAUAAAUUCAGUUUAGAUUAUCUUAUAUCAUCUUUCCCAUAGAUGUGUGUAAACCCUAUUACAUCUUAGUAUUUGUUAAAGGACCUUAUAUAAGACCACGUAGGUAAAAACAUACUAGUUGGCUGCUACUUUUACCCAAUCCAUCCAAAAGAAGACUAAAGCUAACUCAUUGUAUGCUUUUCCAAAUUAAAACAUACUUGUUGCCUACUCACAGCAGAGUAUUCAUGAGAACAUGGCCAUGGUGGAUUCCCAAAAAGCUGCAUUCCACCCUAUGAUGUCUCUGCUGUGUGUAUGUGAUGUGUUCUGUUUAGGUGUCCUGUUCUUCUGGGUGUUAGUUUAUCCUUAAAUGGGUGACUAAAUUCCAGGGACGAGAGAUUAACUUAUAAGAAGGGGUGUUCUUUUAAUGGGUUCCCUUAUAUAAGGGGCACAUUGGCACUACAGGACUUUCCUUUAGGAUACUUGUUUUCUGCAAGACUUUAUUUCACUUAAUCAAUAUUUCCAUCCAACAGGAUAGUGGAUGCCAAUUUCAUUGACCCAUGAUGCAACUCAGCAGGUCUCUUUCUUGUGUCUCACACCUCAUGGCUGUUUAAUCAGCUCCCCUCUAACUCAAUUAGCUUUCAGGAUCCCAGCCUGAGCAGCAACAGAGAUCCUCAGUGGGGGGAGGUCAACCACCAAUGUACCAUGAUUGGCUUUUUCGUCUGCCCGGGAAUGUUACAAGAAAUUCUAGAACCCACUUCCACCCAUGAAUCUAAGCAGCAAUCAGGAGCAUGGUGUCGAGAUCCCCUUCAAGCUGGAGAACGUCUUUAUGUUAUGCCGUGGAUCCCUUAUCGUACAGAUUCAUUAACAGAGUAUGCUUCUUGGGAGGACUAUGCUGCUGGACGACACACAACUACUUAUCGUCUACCAAGUCGUGUGGAUGGAACAGGUUUUGUGGUGUAUGAUGGGGCUGCUUUUUAUAACAAAGAACGCACACGUAACAUUGUAAAAUUUGAUCUUAGGACACGGAUCAAGAGUGGAGAGGCCAUUAUAUCUACAGCUAACUAUCAUGACACCUCACCGUACAGAUGGGGUGGUAAAACCGAUAUAGACUUGGCUGUGGAUGAGAAUGGCUUGUGGGUUAUCUAUGCUACAGAAGGAAACAGUGGGAGGCUGGUGGUCACCCAGCUUAAUCCAUAUACUCUUCGUUUUGAGGGCACAUGGGACACCACAUACGAUAAGCGCUCAGCAUCAAAUGCUUUCAUGGCUUGUGGGGUCCUCUACGUGUUGAAAUCAGUUUAUGCAGAUGAUGACAAUGAGUCUGCAGGUAACAGGCUAGAGUACGCCUUCAACACCCAUCGAAACAGAGAAGAGCCAUUAGGAACGAAUGGAGCCAAUGGUCUGGAUUUUCCCAAUCCAUAUCAGUAUGUGUCAUCUGUGGACUACAACCCAAGGGAUGGACAACUUUAUGUCUGGAACAACUAUUUUCUGGUGCGUUAUGCAUUGAGGUUUGGCCCUCCGGACCCAGCAGAAGGUCCAGUUACUCCCACCCCAUCUGUGGUCACCGUUACUCUACCUCCACCUCCAGUGACGGUCACUACUCUACCUUCUGCCACCACUACUGUCCGCCGGCAACCCCUCACAACACAUCCAAUAGGCGCUAUAAAUCAAGUAGGCCAUGAUCCUCCUCCUACCCCUGGUACGCGUGGUCUUCCUCCCUCGAAUCAUAAUCCACAUCCAGAGAUUUUCUGCCCAGCCCGUGAGGAAAGAAAAGUACAAUGGCCAGCAACCCAGCAAGGCAUGCGAGUAGAGAGGCCAUGUCCCAAGGGCACCCGUGGCAUCGCCUCGUUUCUCUGUUUGCACACACUGGCGGUAUGGAACCCUCGCGGCCCAGAUCUAAGUAACUGCACUUCUCCCUGGGUCAAUCAAGUGGCGCAGAAGAUUAAGAGCGGAGAGAACGCUGCUAACAUUGCAGGAGAAUUAGCCCGUCACACCCGUGGACAGAUUUAUGCGGGGGAUGUCACUUCAUCUGUACGGCUUCUGGAACAGCUGGUGGAUAUUCUUGAUGCUCAGUUACAAGCCCUGAGACCUAUUGAAAGAGAGAGUGCUGGGAAAAAUUACAAUAGGAUGCACAAGAGGGAGAGAACGUGCAAGGAUUACAUCAAGGCGGUGGUAGAGACAGUGGAUAACCUUUUACGCCCAGAAGCGCUACUUUCAUGGAGAGAUAUGAAUGUCACAGAACAAGAACAUGCGGCUACCAUGUUACUGGACAUUUUGGAAGAAGGGGCAUUCCUGGUGGCUGAUAAUGUCAAGGAACCUGCACGCUUUCAGACUGCUAAGCCUAAUGUUGUGCUGGAAGUUUCCGUCAUAAACACCGAUGGCCCUGUCUCCGAGCUGAUCUUCCCUCAAGACAAUCACAGUGUCAGCUCUAUCCAGCUGUCUGCCAAUUCCAUCAAGCAGAACAGUCGCAAUGGGGUUGUGAAAGUAGUCUUCAUCCUGUACAAUAAUUUGGGCCUCUUCCUGUCCACGGAGAAUUCCACUGUACGCUUUGGCGGAGAAGGCAGCUCCUCGGGACACUCUUUGGUUGUGAACUCGCAAAUCAUUGCAGCCUCGAUUAAUAAAGAGUCCAGCAGAGUUUUCCUUAUGGAUCCUGUUAUUUUUACGCUGCCACAUUUACAGUCGAAGAACCACUUCAAUGCCAACUGCACCUUCUGGAAUUAUUCUGAGCGCUCAAUGCUGGGUUUCUGGUCAACACAGGGUUGUCGAUUGCUGCAUACUAACAAGACCCAUACAACCUGUGCGUGCAACCACCUAACUAAUUUUGCUGUGUUGAUGGCCCACAGAGACAUGUUACAGGGUCGUAUAAACGAGUUGCUUCUCUCCGUCAUCUCAUGGGUGGGAAUAGUGAUCUCGCUGGUGUGUCUUGGAAUCUGUAUAUCCACCUUUUGCUUCUUGAGAGGUCUCCAAACUGACAGAAACACCAUUCACAAGAAUCUUUGUGUCAGUCUGUUCCUCGCCGAACUUCUUUUCCUUACUGGUAUCGACAAAACACAGUACCAGGUGGUAUGUCCCAUUUUGGCUGGUCUCCUGCACUUCUUCAGCCUUUCAGCUUUCUCCUGGCUGUGUCUGGAGGGUGUUCAGCUUUAUCUUAUGUUGGUGGAAGUGUUUGAAACAGAGCAUUCCCGGAGAAAGUACUACUACCUCUGUGGCUAUGUAUUUCCUGCUCUUGUGGUGGGGAUCUCUGCAGCAGUGGACUACAGGAGCUACGGAACUGAUAAAGCUUGCUGGCUACGAGUUGAUAAUUAUUUCAUCUGGAGUUUUAUUGGCCCGGUUUCCCUUGUUAUUGUGGUGAACCUUCUUAUCCUACUGGUCACUCUUCACAAGAUGCUGCGCUCCUCUUCUGUUCUUAAACCCGAUUCCAGUCGACUGGAGAACAUCAAGUCCUGGGCUUUGGGAGCUGUUACCUUGCUUUUCCUUCUUGGUCUUACUUGGGCAUUUGGCCUUCUGUUCAUUAAUAAGGAGUCUCUAGUUCUGGCGUAUCUCUUUACUACUUUCAAUGCUCUGCAGGGCUUGUUCAUCUUUAUCUUCCAUUGUGCUCUCCAGAAGAAGGUACAUAAGGAAUACAGUAAAUGUCUAAGACACUCAUACUGUUGCGUGAGGGGCCCAGGAGCUGAACAUGGGACCUUGAAAUCUACGGUUAAUAGUCGAUAUUACACCCAAAGCCGAAUCCGCAGGAUGUGGAAUGAUACAGUGAGGAAACAGACAGAAUCCUCCUUUAUUGCUGGAGACCUCAACAGCACCCCGACUUUGAACAGAGGCACAAUGGGAAACCACUUGCUGACAAAUCCUGUGUUGCAGUCUCGUGUUGGCAGCAGUCCAUACAACACACUUAUCACCGAGUCCGUGGGUUUCAGUCCGUCCUCCCCAGGAUACAAUGCCACUGGAAGUUUCAGAGAUCCCAAACACACAUUAAGCAGAGAUCCAUGUGGUAAGGACCCACUCCCGCCACUUCCUCUUAAUGGCAACUUUAAUAACAGUUAUUCUCUAAGAGCUGGAGACUUCCCUCCUGAUCCGUCCAAAAUGGGAGAAGGUGGUGGACGUCGCAAUAUAACAGAUGCAGCAGCGUUUGAAAAGAUGAUCAUCUCCGAACUUGUACACAGCAACCUACGAGGCAAAUCUCAUGCAGGGACAACGGACACAGGAGAUGAGGAAGUGACAUCAGGGGCAAUAGGAGAAGGUGGAGAGGUUCCUACAUUAGAGAUGGAGCGCAUGUAUAAAGCUUUGGAGGAGCCCCUUCUCUUACAAAGAGCUCAGUCAAUCCUUUACCAGAGUGAUCUGGAGGAGUCUGAAGCUGAAGCUGCCCCUCGUGACUCACCCAAUCGCGAUUCACUGUAUACUAGCAUGACCAACCUCAGAGACUCUCCAUACCCAGAUAGUAGCCCUGAACCAGGCCUGCCAUCAUCUGGGGAAAUGCUGCCGUGCCACCAAGGGGUGCCCCCACCAACGGGGGCAGAUGCCAUGUACUUCCCUGGCCGGCUGGGUUCAGUGCCCAGAGGGCAGUUGCAGGCCUUCUACCAGAUGCCACAGGGGUUUCUGGGUCUUGAAGGAUCAGUGCCCGAGGGUGACGGGCAGAUGCAGCUCAUCACCAGCCUCUGAACUUAUUCAACCACCCCUGACACCAACCUUGUUACACCCCUUAUAAAAAGAAAAAGAUACUGCCUUCCCUUUCCAUUUCAGAAGAAAGCAGGGUCAGAUGAAAGGAAGGGGUAUGUGAACGGGGGGUAUUUUGGUGGGGCAGGGGUGAGGACAAGACACUGCCUGGGCUAAUGGACAAUGGGUUUUGAUUGGGCUCAGUCUACAUGGAUUUACUAUUGAUUGCCAGUAUCUGAUAGAAAUACUUAAAUGGAACGCCACUAACAGGUAGGGGUUUGGGUGCCAAAAAUAUCCUCCUAAAAACACAAUUGUUUGCCCAAAGAUGACCUGUGAAAGCUACUGAUGCAAAAACAGUUUAGGCACUGGAAUUUGCAGUAUUGUUAACAAGCCAAUUUAAAGAAAUAAUGAGAAGAUGCAGACAGGUGUAGUGUUUAGCCUGUAAUAAUUGUAGGCAGCCCAUUUGUGUUAGAAACACCAGAUGUCUUCAAGUGAUGCAAACAAUGAGACUACAUGGUAUGAAAUUAAUCACUAGCUCUCGAUAAGUGGUGCCAAACAGCCUAUGGGGCUUGCUGAGUAAUGAGAAAGUAGAGGACAGAAAUUGCCUAAGAUUGUGAAAUUUACAUUUUUAUUUUUGAAAGGUCACAGCUUAUAAUUUGCAUUCCCGUAGUAAAGUAGGGGCAGAUCAUGGAAAUUCAAAGAAGAAAAAAAGAUAGGAAAAGCCACUUUUUGUUCAAUAGUGAACUUCUUCCUUGGGCUUUCCAAAAACUGUGGCUGUCACCUCCACCUUCUCUACUCACCCAAACCCCUAUGUCUGCCCCAAAGACAGGGUAAGAGAUUCUUUUUAUAUCAAAUCAGACAAGAAGAGAUUGUGGUUCAGUUCGAAGAACCUACCAAGAAACCACAAGGAAUUUGAAAACUACUACGAUAGAAAGUUGGGAUGAAUGUGAACUUGACAACUGCCCUGCAUAUUCUUUAUUUAAGCACAAAACACCCCCUGCCUCUAUUACAGAGGAACAUUGGAACUUUUACAAUGGGGGAAGAGAGUGUCCUUUCCGACUGCUGUAAAUAACGAACUUCUAAAAGGGGGAAGGGAGAGACGAGGGGAGAUGCCUACACCCUUCUUCACAAACUUGUAUUUGAGGUGCGGAAAUGGUCAGUAGGGGGCUUUUUUUUAUUUAUAUGUGUUUGCCUUUUGCGAUGUUUCUUUGUAUCUGGUUUGGGCACAUUGCCGUAAUAUCUGUCCUUUCUGCCACAGGAUUAUGGAUGAAUUUCUUUCGUCAGUCCCAAAGAUUCCACCUCGUGUCUCCAGCUACCUUGUUAAUUUUUUUUAAGCAUCUUUGUCUUAAUUUAUUUUUAUGUUGCAUGUAGAAAUCUAGAAUUGUACAGGUUCUACUGAUAUUUGACCAUCUACCUGUAUAUAAUUGUGAACCCUUACCAGGUCUAAGGAUGUCAUGAAACAAAAACAAAAAGAACAAAAUGGAUAAAAUUAUUUUCUAAAUCUAUACAUCUCAAAGCCAUCUGCUGCUAUAUGUAGGCCAUGACGUAUAGGGAACAGUGCAAUAAAGCAUGGCGUUUGGGGGCACAUUGAAACAAUCAUUUUACCAGCCACUACAGUGUCUCAAUCUAAAGUGAACUUUGAUGGUGGUCUUCAUAUAUAUCCUCACUAAAGGUUACACAAGGCGCUGGUGAUAUUACAGUGGUUACUGCACACAGCUAAUGCCAAAACCUAUAUACGAUCAUAUAUCUGCUUUAUGUUUCCCUGUACAGAUCUAUAUGUUUCUAAAUUUAUAGGUCUUUAUAUAUUUACAUAGAUGUUAACAUAUCCAUAUUUAAGGGUUCUGAGUACAGAGAUGCAGAUCCCAUGGUGUAGACUCCAUGGAAUUGUCAUUCUAGUUAUGAUGGUCUUUCCUGUGUGAUAGUAAUAGUAGAAGCUCAGUUUAUUUUCUUCUGCAAAACUAGACAUGGUACCCACUACCAUGAAAAAUCCAAUGUGAUAAGAGCAGAGAGACGCAAUUAUAAUUUUGGCACACCAGGAUAAAUGGUAUUUGCUGUAGGCAAGCUAAGCAUCUCAUAUGUCCUUGCUUGUCCUAUAAACUACUAGAAAAGCAUAUCUCCAAGCUGUAUAGACACGAGAAGUCGCUCCUCGAACCUACGGAGUCAGCUGAGCUCUACUGCAUAGAAAAAAGGAACUUCCACUGACUAUCAAGAAUCUGCACGUUUCCCCAAGCAGAACACAGCACUUACAAAGAAUAUUUUUGUCAUUGUUAUAUUUCAGACAAUAUGAAUAUAGAAAUGAUAUUUAUGUGAAGCUCAUGAAAAAUGGGUGUAAAAUACCAUUAUAGAUUCUUAUAGAAAACCUCUAAGCUAGAAGACCUUCCUAUUAGAGGAAGUUCAGAGGACUGCUAGAGUUUGCACUCUAUCACCAGUGACGGUCUGUUUUUUUUUGGGACAGGCGCCAUGUGAAGGAAAUAGCCUUCUAACAAUAGAUUAUGUCUGGGAAUCCUACGUUUCGAGAGAGGUGGUCAUGAGUCCAUUGACACAACAUCAGUGGCACAUAUUUAUGUUCCGUGCACAUGUAUGUCACUUUCUGCUUCGUCCUGAUGUGUUUCGCUGCCAAUCCCAACCUACCCCCUGAGUCUGACGAGCAAAGGGUAAAAUACCUCUCCGCCCCCUCCUCUCCUCUCUCUCCUUCCUUCAUUUUCUUUUUCAUAUGCCAAAACCAGAAAUGGGUCGAACGCCAUUCUACAAGCGAACAAAAACAAGAAAAAAAAAAAUACCGUACGAAAGACUGAACAUGAUAUCGUACAUAGAAAAACAAAACAAAAAAAAGGCAGAAAAAAAUAAUGCUGAAAAAAGUUUAAAAAAAAAUUAAAUAUCGCAACUUGUGGAGUGAAACAAACACACCAAUAAAAACAUUUUGAUUUCUG